AUGCCUAAUUUUGUCAAACAUAACUCACAUAACCUCACGCCUCCAAAGAGGUAUAUCACAGGGUUCGAUGCUAAAGGUUGCUCAAUAAUUAAUACCACUGUUGAGCCAGAGCCCAAAUGGACGGACGUUGCAGAUAAAUCAACCAAGGAGCAUUCUGGUCAAUUUAGUUUGUUAUAUACUACGAAGGGGUUCCCAGUUAAUAUUGACCAAGCUAAUGACAUAGAGUUUUACAAAAAAUCUUUGAAUGAAGGUAUUUCAGUCACCAUGCCUGGUGGAACAGUUUUAAGAGUAGUAGAUAUGGCUCCUGGAUCCAUUUCUCCCAUGCAUCGCACAUCUUCAGUUGAUUACGGUAUUGUGUUGCAAGGGCAGGUAGAAGCAAUUAUGGACUCUGGUGAAUCAGUCCUUUUGAACAAAGAUGAUGUGCUAGUACAAAGAGGAACAAUGCAUGCUUGGAAAAAUACAAGUCUGACUGAUUACGCUAGAAUGAUUUACGUUUUAGUUUCUGCCAAGCCUUUAGUUGUCAAUGGACAAUCUUUGAAAGAAGAUCUUGGUCACAUCGAAGGCGUUCCCAAAAACGAGUGA